AUGGGUUCCCGCUGUGGCGUUACGCGAUUCCUUGGCAAAACAGCUCUUUCAUCUGAAAGGUGUUAUCAUCUGCAGAGCAAAUUCUUGAAGACUUGGAAGGGGGCUGUUAGGUGCGACCCGUCAGUGCCCCUCCGCCCUUCCCCCGCAUCUCUCCCGCCGCUCUGCCGGGGCUGCUGUACGCCGGGGAGAGCUCGGCGGGGCUUGGCCCGAGGGGGCGGGAGCCCCCCCGCCCCCGUGCCAAUGGCUGCGGGGGGAUGGCUCUGCCUGGACCUUCCCGCUCCAUUACAGGAUGGAAAUUACCGGCCUCCCCGGGGAGGGAGCUCGGCUCCGCGCUCUGAAAGGCUCAUUUAUCCCCGCGCUGCCGCCUAGAGCGGCGGACACGGUCCCCCCGCGCCCCCGGCCCGCCCCGUGCCCCGCACCCCGACCGCGGGACCGUUCCGGCCGCUGCUGGCGCUGCUGCUGGCGCUGCUGCUGGCGGCCGCCCCGCCGCCCGGCGCCUCCGAGAACCCCAAGGGGAAGCAGAAGCCGCUUCGCCAGCGGGAGGUGGUGGACGUGUACAAUGGCAUGUGCUUGCAAGGCCCCAGUGGUGUUCCUGGACGGGAUGGAAACCCGGGAACCAACGGGAUCCCUGGCACGCCUGGAAUCCCAGGACGGGAUGGGCUGAAGGGGGAGAAGGGCGAGUGCAUGCGUGAGAGCAUUGAGGAGGCCUGGACACCUAACUUCAAGCAGUGCUCAUGGAGUGCCCUUAAUUACGGCAUCGAUCUCGGGAAGAUAGCAGAAUGUACAUUUACAAAGAUGCGCUCCAACAGUGCUCUCCGUGUUCUCUUCAGUGGGUCACUUCGGCUCAAAUGCAAAAAUGCUUGUUGUCAGCGCUGGUACUUCACUUUUAAUGGAGCAGAAUGUGCUGGGCCCCUUCCUAUUGAAGCCAUAAUAUAUUUAGAUCAAGGAAGCCCAGAGCUGAAUUCUACUAUUAAUAUACACCGAACUUCUUCAGUGGAAGGUCUGUGUGAAGGGAUCAGUGCAGGCUUGGUGGACAUUGCCAUCUGGGUCGGGACUUGCUCAGAUUAUCCACGGGGAGAUGCUUCUACUGGAUGGAAUUCAGUCUCCCGAAUCAUCAUUGAAGAACUACCAAAAUAACUUUCCCUCCAUUUUUAUAAUCACUCCCUAUUUUUUAUUUUGUACAAUUUUCUGCAGAAUUUAUUUCUGUAGCAUUGGAUGCAAGUAUUUGAUUGAAAGUUACCACACUUUUGCAUCUGUAGUCUUUGUCUAGCCUUUGCACAUUGAAGAGGUUUUUAUAAUAAUCAUUUUAGAAUAUAAGUAUCAAACCAAUUAAAACCAU